UUUUCUUGGCGAUCGUUCUCUUUCCUUUCGCCGAAGAGUUGCCAGUUACGACCGUACCAGUACUUUUGCGUCAACUUUUUGAUCCUCUCUUGUUAGGACAGUUUGAGUGCGCAGCAAUGGCGCCCAAUAUCGGUAGCCCAGGAGGCCGCAUGAAAUUCAAGCAACCAUGGUUGGAUCCUCUUUUUGGUCGACGUCGCCGCCACCUUCACGGAGGUGGAUUGUUGGGCAAGCUUCCUCUCCGUUUUCGCGUGGGGCCCCUUACCAAUACGAGACGUCGAGUUUGCAUUCUAGUAGCAGCCAUCUUCGUGAUGCAACUCUACUUUUGUGCAAAGUAUAUGAUGCCAGUUUUCUUUCGAUAUCGAAUGAGGACGGCCAAAGUGACUGAUAGGGCAGCACCCACAACUUCUCACAAUCAAAAGAAUCAAGCCGACUUUGCCCUCUUCUAUCACAUUUAUGUUCCCGAAAAGGAGGAACCAAGCGGCUCCUUUAUGUUUGGAGAUUACCAAGAUGACCCACAAGCCAAUGCAUUACGCAUCAUUGACGAACAGAUGCAUCAGAUCGGCAUUUCCUAUGCUGCUGCAGACCCUCUGCAGCCUGCUAAACUAUACUACAAUACACUGGGAGUUCCGAAUAUCGUUACCGAUGAAUAUAUGGAUACCUUCUGUGGACCCAAUGGGCUCUACAAUCUGGACUGCAUACACUUACAGCACUAUGAUGAAGGCAUGGAGACGAAGACUCUCGAAAAUGUGCACGACUUUUGUCAACAGCCACAAGCAUCCGAGGAAGGUGCAGCCGGAUUGGACACAAGAAGAGUAGUGUACUUGCACAACAAAGGAAGCUUUCAUGAAAACCCAAUCAACGAGCAAUGGAGGCGACUAAUGACCUACGCUGUCACUACUGAACAAUGCCUCAAUCCGCCAACCCCAGAGAUACCCUCAAUUUUCAACAAUGGGACCAGUCCAGAGCAGUGCAACCUUUGUGGUCUUUAUUUCAUUGCCGAACGAGGGCUGUUCAUGCCGGGUAACAUUUGGACUGCUCAGUGCGAUUAUGUUUCCCGCCUAUUGCCCCCACUCGAAUUUGGAAAACGGUCCACAGAAGUUGUGAAAGAUGCCCUUUUAAUGCAUCUUGAGCAUCGUUUCGAAAUGGAUCUCUUCAACUUUGUCCCAGACAACUACGGAGUCAACAGGUAUGCCGACGAAUUGUGGAUCGGCAGUCAUCCGUCCAUUCAGCCCUGUGAUUGGUCACUCCACAAAAAAUCCAACUUUGGAUUUGGACACGGUGAUCCCUUUUUUGAAUUCGUCUUGGGUAUCUGGGAUCCCUUUCAGACCACAUGGAAAACACUGGAGUGGACAAUGUCACCCAGUUUGCCAAUGGUUCUGCCCGUUGAGAUCAGGGAGCAUCGUUGGUGGCACGUUUUAGAAUUCGCCAAAGCACAACGACAUCGCGAAUCCAAACGCAUUCGAGAGUUCUCACUCUUGGGGGGAAACCUUUACAAAUGGAUUCACAUCUACGGACAAGUGCCACCACCAUCCUCUUGGACGUGGUCUUGGUUUCCGGAUGGCGAAAUGUGGAGAGGGGCUGUGGAAAAGCACGGCAAGAAUGCAGUGGAGGAGGUGACCCAGGCAUACAAAGAUGUGGAUCAUGCCGAGUUCCUGGAUCCAAUCUACACACAUGACUUUAGGCGCCUGAGAGACAUUCAACUAUGGUACAUCAGAAGGGUGGUUCCAGGAAUUUAACAAGCAAGGUUCGCGCAAAGUGGAGUAAUCUAAGCUUAGUCUACCGGUAUCCAUAUCACUGUGGUACUUCAGAAGGUUUUUUGAAUGAAUUGACAAGGGCCU